AUGGCUUUGGAGGACGGAGAGGAUAUCAAAGACCGCUCGACUCUUGUCUUUGCUCCGUUUUGCUUGGUGGGUGGGGAGUUUGUGAGGGACAGCAGGUUGACGGGAGGAAUUCAUACAAGUGUACAGUGCGGGCUGCAGUAUGGCCCUUUGGCCUUCAUACUUGGUGAAAAAACAACCAAAAAACUGACGGAGAACAGCAGAGUGAUAACUGUAGAUGGCAAUUUAUGUUCUGGAAAAGGCAAGCUUGCGAAAGAAAUAGCAGAGAGACUAGGCCUCAGGCACUUCCCGGAAGCAGGGAUCCACUAUGCGGACAGCACUACUGGGGACGGAAGAGCCCUGGACCUGCAGUUCGGCGGCAACUGCAGUCUGGAGAAGUUUUACGACGACCCGAGAAGCAACGACGGCAACAGCUACCGCCUGCAGUCCUGGCUGUUCGCCAGCCGCCUCCUGCAGUACGCGGACGCGCUGGAGCACCUGCUGAGCACGGGACAAGGCGUGGUGUUGGAGCGCUCUAUCUACAGCGACUUCGUGUUCGUGGAGGCGAUGCACAGACAAGGCUUCAUCCGGAAGCAGUGUGUGGACCACUACAACCAGGUGAAGAAGAUCACCAUCUCCAAGUACCUGCCCCCGCACGUGGUCAUCUACAUUGAUGUGCCGGUUCCCGAGAUCCAGAGCCGGAUUCAGAAGAAAGGAAAUCCACAUGAGAUGAAGAUCACGCCCGCCUACCUCCAGGACAUCGAGAACGCCUACAAGACGGCCUUCCUCCCCGAGAUGAGUGAGAGUUGUGAGGCUCUGCAGUACGAUGCCAGGGGAGCUCAAGAUGCAGGAAGGGUGGUGGAGGACAUUGAGUACCUGAGGUACGACAAGGGCCCGUGGCUGGAGCAGGACGACCGCAAGUUUCACAACCUGAGGAUGCUGGUUCAGAACAAGUUGGAGGUGCUGAAUUACACAACCAUUCCUGUCUACCUCCCAGAAGUCACGAUCGGAGCUCACCAGAGUGACCGGGUCUUCCAUGAGUUCACAGAGCUGCCCGGCCGCAAGUACAGCCCUGGGUACAAUGAGGACGUGGGGGACAAGUGGAUCUGGCUGAAAUGACGAUGCUGUGCUGACGCGGCCCAGGGGACAAGGACGAGGACCCCCCAGGCCGCCGCUGCCCCGGACUCCACGCAGCUUGCACUGGGGCACCAUGCCUGGAAAUUGUGCCGGGGAAGACACAGCCUCCAGACAGCAGCGCCCGCGGUGUGGCCGAGGCACUGCAAGGCCGCUCCCUGUUGGAAGGGGGGCCUCCAGCUCUGACUUGGGACGACUCGUGCUUGCCCCCAGGGGAGAGGACGCGUCACCGAGGGGCGGCCUCGCAUCACAGUCACGCUCUGGGCCGGGCGGAAGUGUGUGCUGCUCCUUCACACACCGAGAAAUAAAACCGUUCUGUGGCCCUUC